UUCAGUUGAGGGGGAAGCAGCGGCACAGCACAGCCAACAGCAGCCUGCUGGCACCAGACUCAGAUAUGAACUCCCUGGAACAGGCCGAAGACCUGAAGGCCUUUGAGAGAAGAUUGACAGAGUAUGUCUCCUGUUUACAACCUGCGACAGGCAGGUGGAGAAUGAUUCUAAUAGUGGUGUCUGUCUGUACGGCCACUGGGGCUUGGAACUGGUUAAUAGACCCAGACACACAGAAGGUCUCUUUCUUUUCAUCACUGUGGAAUCAUCCCUUUUUCACCAUCAGCUGCAUCACGCUUAUAGCUCUCUUCUUUGCAGGGAUACACAAACGAGUUGUGGCGCCAUCAAUUAUUGCUGCCCGCUGUCGGACAGUUUUAGCAGAAUACAACAUGUCCUGUGACGAUACGGGGAAACUUAUUCUCAAGCCUCGACCGAAUAUCCAGUAGCCACAAGCUUCAGUGGGGUGGUCACAUGUACCUGGGGUUUGUUGAGAGCCACUGUUCACUCCCUGUCCUUGAGCUGAGUCCUUUGGGUGGUCUGAUGGCACUGAGGCAGAUUGUCAUCACGAUGGAAAUGCAGACAUGAACUGAUGCAGCCUUUUAGCAGUGUCUCUGUGCUGACGUCACGGGACCACGACGAGACUUCAGAUGUGUUUAUUUCUGUUUUUGAUGCUGAGCAUGUAUUUUAACUAAAUGUUUCUAUUUUUAAAGUUAUUUACCGAAUAAAUACACAAGGUGUUAAACCAUGA